AUGCACGUCGCCGCCGCCGGUGGAGGAACAGGCUCCAGCCUAGCUCGUGCGAUCAUUAUUGUCACCGGUGUCUCAGCUCUAGUAGCAUCGCUACUUUCUAUUGUCAAAAAUUAUCGAAAGCCCUUACUCCAGAGAUAUGUUGUGCGCAUUCUGUUGAUGGUACCGAUUUUCGCCGCAUCAUCAUGGACGAGCAUCGUAUCCUUGACGGCAGCUCAGUUUCUUGAUCCCAUUCGUGAUAUAUAUGAGGCUUUCACCAUCUACACAUUCUUCCAGCUGCUUAUUAACUUUUUGGGGGGUGAGCGAGCAGUAAUCAUUAUGGCUCAUGGCCGUCCACCAGUCUCGCAUGCCUGGCCGCUGAACCACAUGCUGCCAAAGGUCGAUAUCUCUGACCCGCAUACCUUCCUGGCUGUCAAGCGUGGCAUCCUGCAAUAUGCCUGGCUGAAGCCCAUUUUGGCUAUUGCAUCAAUUGUGAUGAAAGCAACGGAUACAUACCACGAGGGAUAUUUGGAUCUCGGGUCAGGCUAUCUGUGGACCGGCAUCGUAUACAACGCCAGUGUGACCCUCAGUUUGUAUUCUCUUGCGAUGUUCUGGGUGUGCCUUCACGAUGAUCUUUUGCCAUUCCGCCCUAUUCCCAAAUUCCUCUGUGUCAAGCUCAUCAUCUUUGCCUCAUACUGGCAAGGAUUCUUCCUGUCCAUCUUGCAAUUCCUGGGGGCUCUUGGGAACGGUGUUGCUGGGUACACCCCGGACAAUCUUGCUGCCGCUAUCCAGGAUAGUCUGCUUUGCUUUGAGAUGCCUUUCUUUGCCAUCGCGCACUGGUACGCCUUCUCAUGGCAUGAUUAUGCGGACCCCACCAUCUCUGCUGCCCGAAUGCCAGUGAAAUACGCACUCCGAGAUGCAUUUGGCCCUCUCGAUCUGAUCGAGGACACAAAGAUGACACUGCGGGGUGACAAUUAUGACUAUCGAAUUUUCGACUCGGGCGACAACAUUAUCGCGCAUGAGGAAUCGGGUUCACGAGUCAAGCGAGUAAUGGAGGGAAUGCGGUAUGAACGAGGAGGAAAGGCAAAAUACUGGAUUCCCAAGCCAGGCGAGGCUAGCAAGACCGGAGAGGCUGAUAGUCGCACCCCACUUCUUGCUGGCAGUAGCUCUAGUGCUCAUGGUCGCCAUGAGAGAGGCGGCGGCAGUUCUGCCGACCGAUUCCGGUCCUAUAGCGAGAUUGAGGUCACGCUUGACGAUGAGGAUGAACAUUUAUUCACCAAUGCGCGGGCACUGGAAUUUGGAGAUUGGAACUACCCUGUCAUCACCGCCAACGAAGUCCCCAGAGAUCAACGGCUGCCAAGAACCAGAAGUUACCAACAGUCCAAACAAUCCGAUGAGGGCCAUGUGAAAAAGUCCCGCACGCACCGGAAAGGCCGAGCGUCGGGCAGCGACAGCAAGCAGGAUCCCAAUUCCUCGCGCAAGUCCAAGAGCUCCCGUGGACCAGGUUCUUUGCAGCGCAACGACAGCUCCACAAGCUCCCAUCAAUCGCAUCGCAGCCAUCAGUCGCACCGCAGCCAGCUGGUCGACCUCGUAGUGGAGAACCAGGAAGCUGAGGAGGAAGACCGAGCCCAGGCACAACGGGAAACCGGCUCUGCCUGGGGAGCUGAAAUUCGUCACUACGAGAGACCUUCUGGGCAGCCAAUUGAAGAAGAGGAUGACCCCGAAGCCCCGGCCCAGGAAUCCCCAACCGAGCCGGCCCACAACCAAGCUGCCACGCGAUGGGCGUACAGUGCCCUAGGGGAUGACAAUGAAGUGUGGAAAUAA